UUGAAUUUUACGGCGACCAUACUAUGGAAGCCUUUUAGGGCCAUUUUAUUAUCUCGACUAAAUCAAGAACCGGAAAGCGAGAAGUCGGUGGAGAACGCGAGGAAAUAUUGGGGUCAUGAGAUAACGAACCCUAUCGAAUUUUCAGCAUUCGGUCAACUUCCGUUCCGAAGUUAAGCCCCUUAAAAAUCCGAAACAUUGUGAACAUGCGAUACUAUAUUUCAGGCUCACUGAACGUAGUGUUCAGGCCUUCACAGAGACUGACACGCGACCGCUUAGCAGUAAACAGUUGCCCAGUAAAAUUGACUGGGGUCGAUUUUAGUUUCGACAAGGAUUCAAUAGGAUAUGGUUCCUGAACGAGUGAACGUACAGGGCGAGUGUUAAUCUGUUUCACAGAGUAUUACGAAAGUCUUUUAAUAUCUCUGUAAAAGAUGACUACCUAGCGAAUAUUCACUGCUGAUCAGUGUGGGCGAGUGUAUGAGACCUACGUUCAAAGCUGAACUAGCGAUACUACAACUUGGUGUGAAACAUGAUCCCUUUCACACAAUAAAGCCUGUUGAUUUUUAAAUGUGUUGUGAAGCAUUGUGAUCGGAUAGGAUGAAGCCUGUUGAUUAUCAAUAUUCUAGGACUAUCUAUUCCAGAUAUAUAAUUUACAUGUCAGGAAUUGUUAACAUCCUUAUCAAAUUUGGACAACUAUGUUUUCCUUUACAAAUAGUCUAGCUUGGUUGUAAUGUACUAAAAAAACUGAGUAAACAGUAACUAUAGUGUUUAAAGGAGCUAAAUCGCUAACAUUUGGGACCUACAAAUUGACAAAAGUGGGUCGCAACGCAUAUAAUACUGUAAUAUGAAUGUAUAUAAACUGAUUUACAUUCAGUGGUUUCCGUUUUUACUCCAAUUUCAAAUCAGUUAUGUUCGGCGAAAUAAGCCAGCAGUCUCAAGCGAGUGCAAAUUUCUAGCGUCUGGUUAUUCCAGUCUACAUACGCCGUUUGAUUUGAUGCAAUGUGUCUAGCCUCGUCCCUCGAGUCUCUUGAUACAACUGGGGCUGUACACGAUUCGUGUACCAAUGGAGAUUGUAAGAUGGAUCCUGUAGCUAACGCAACAUUACCGGUUUAUGGACAAUGGGGAGUGCCUGGGUUAUCGGCUUUUGUUGGCUCCAUAUUUUCAAUUUGGAUUAUUUUAGCGAACAUUGUUGUUCUAAUGGCAAUUGUAGCUUCCAAGUGUUUAAGAAAUGCCCGAGAAAGUCUGUGUAUUGCUCAUAUUACGGUUGCUGAUUUAUGUAUGGGACUCAUUUUUGGUCCCCUGACCGUUGACUAUUUUGUGAAGGGCUAUUGGGACAAUGGAUGUGAUUUUUUGUUUAAUUACACAGUCAUACCGUUUUAUGUAACUUUUAUGACUGUACAUUCACUGGGUUUAAUGAAUGUGUUCAAACUGAUAUCGGAUUGUUGCCGAGCACAAAUCAAAAAAUGUCUCAAAGUGUUUUUGCUCGUGACAGUAUUUGCCCUCUUCUGGUUUUAUUUUAUAAUGGUGGUUGUUUCGACUUAUAAUGUUCGAGUUACAGGCAUUUCAUUUUCCUUAAAAGUUGGCAUAUCAUGUACAGAUCAGUUCGCUAUAGAUAAAUUGGGAACGAUUGUUUUGGCAUUGAUGGCGUACUGGGCACCGAUGAUAUUUAACAUUAUCUUUUUGAUAGUCCUUUUCAUUCGAGUAAGAAAAGACCUCUACUCUGUUGAACGACAGCUGCUGACUUUCAAAACACACGCAGUUGCUGUAGCGGUUUCUUGUUUGUUACCUCUUCCGGCAAUAGCUAUUCUAGGAGAUCUAGGCAGUGCGGUUUGCUUUACUCACAACUGCCAAGUUAUGGCGACUAUUGCUAAUUUUUAUUUGCUGAUAAAAUCAGGACUUAUGCCGUGCGUUUGGUUUAUAUCCCCCGAGUUUAGAGAAAGUAUCAGGCAUAUUCUUUCACUCGUUAAUAUAAGAAGCAACACUUAAAGGACAAUAUUGGUGUCAGUCAUUAUCACAUAUGUGAUAGAACUGGUUAAACACGUUCCAAAUAUAAUUUAAUCUGAUAAUUCAAAAAAGUAAUUGAAUGUCACUAAAUAAGGGAAAACGAGAAAAUAGAAAUAGUCCGUACAUUCCCUUGUUUUUAUACGCCCACAUUUUCAUUUGGUCACUUGUUAAGGUUGUGGACCCUCUAAAGGUCACAAUUUUGAUCCGAUUUGGUCUUAGAAGUAAUUAUACUUGAGCAGAAAUUCGCCCGUGUGUCUGUUAUCACUCGCCACUUCAGUCAAUUAUAUAGAAGUAUAACUCGUGUGAUAAUUAGUGACACCAAUAUUGUCCUUUAAAUUCUCUGAAAGUCAUUUAUACAUUUGCAGAAGGCCCGCUUUACAUGUACUCAUGGAAGAGAACCGGUGUUUGUACGACAGGGCGUAAACAUCCGCAUGUGCACAUUUUACGCGAGAAGAAACGCCAUCGAGCAACGUUUUUUCAGCCAUGGAAACGGUCGCUCUCCGUGUACGCGUCUAAUGCAAAUGUAAUGGUUUAUGGUACCAUUUCCAUGGAAGUAUUUCCGCGUGCGAGAAAACGCGUAGUGAAAAAAGUUGCUCGAUGAACGACUUUUCCGUAGCGGAUGUUUACUUUCUUGUGGAAUAAACGCGAGUUCUCUUCCACUAAGUCAAUCGUUGUUGCAUAUUCAUCUUAGAAAUUGCAGAUUAAUUUGUACACGGUGUUAUUAUAAAAAGGCCGCGACUGAACGUAAACAAUAUAUGACUCUAUUUAAAGAUUUUUCGGUACACAUGCAUGGAAAUAUAUAAAAUCGCGCGCUAAAACGCUGUGUUUUUCCGCUAGUGGAAACGUGUACAUGGAAAGCAAACUACAAUUUACAAAGAUAUGAUGAAUUGCAAUUUUCGCAACAUCUGCAGACGAUAGAAACAGGAUAUUGUCAAAACGGACGUAAACCAGAAUGUCCAAAACCACAAAUUAAUGUAGUCCAAGUCUGUCAAAAUAUAUAUCAGUGGAUUCUUACUAAAAAUACAAAAUAUUUUAUUGGUCAUUUUUAUCCACAUUGGCUCGGCUAUGGUAAGGAGCUGGCUUAUACUAGCCAGGAGAACCUGGGUUUGAGUGAAGGUUUUUUUUCCUCGGGAUUUUCCAGCGUGGUUUUCCCUUUGUUAAUGUUAUUGGUUGAACAAAACGGACAUAUAUUUUAUUCAUAUAAGUGACAGUCGAAUGUGCCCAGUUUCAUAACCAGAGUUGGCUCCCUUACAGGUAGGAUUAUAAUAUUCAAAAUAAAUAUUACAAAAUUUAGACUGAAACUGAAUUUAUUGCUAACAUAUUUAAAUUUGUAUAGAAGAACUCAGACUGCGUUUUCAUUAUGUCCAUUAUUCUAGAAAUGUGAUGUCAAGAUUUGUUUUUAUUUAAUGUUUGAAUGUAUCGACGAAACUAAAGAGUAUCUGAGAUGUAUGUUUUGUACAUGUCAAUAUGCUAAUUAUCAAUAUCUCUAAAUAGCUAUUAAAUUUGUCAGAUUCUGGUUAUCCAUGACGUAUAACUUAUCUUCACAGAAAGGAUUAUCAAGUGUUGUAUGUAAAUUGUAUAAUGCAUUUACGUUAAUUUACAAAUAUACGUUUAUAAACGUAUUUUGAAACUAUGUAUUGUGUAAACACGCGUUUAUAUUACUUAUUAUCAGAAUGUCAAUAAUAAUAUAUCAGAAUUGUCAAUAAUAUUAUAAUAUAUUAUAUCAGAAUUUUCAAUAACAUU